UAAACGCGCCUGAGAAGGAAGGGGUUAAACUUCGCUCUACAUAUUCAUGUCAUUGUUUUAAAGUAUUGUAAACAUCUGGGGGCGGGAGUAGCGAAAGGAGGUGUAGCCUCUUGUUAAGCAAAUUGACUUUCACCUCCACCACCCCAGGAAUUGCCGGUUUCCUUGACCAUUCCUUGGUCCCUUCCUAUCGCUAGCCCCCAAAAUGGGAAUUUCCUGUUUCCCCCUCUCCAGAAUUGCGUCUCUUGUGCUUCAUGUUCUCUUUCAAGUUUGAAUGGGAGAAUUCCUGAUCUUCGGAAUUCUCCAUCAGGAAUUCUCCCGACUUUACAUUCUUAACUUUUUACUUUUAAAUCCUGGGAAUUGACUUGUAAAUACACAUCCACGGUCAAAACUGGUUUCUCUCCAGGUUCCCCACUCUGUGGGUUAUAAUGAAGAUGUGUCGAAUAUAUCGAUUUGUCCGUAGGCAUUUUCAAUGAAGAGGGUCUUGGUUUUUAAUCCGUGGACCAGGCAAGAAACCAAUAGACUAGAGGAGGGGGGAAGAAGGACUGAACUGUGAGAGUGUGUGCCGAAGAGCCAUGUCUGUUCGGGAAACUUUUAACCCAGAAAGUUACGAAUUGGAUAAGAGUUUCCGGCUAACCCGAUUCACUGAACUGAAGGGCACAGGCUGCAAGGUACCACAAGAUGUCCUACAGAAAUUGCUGGAAUGCUUACAAGAGAAUCACUUCCAGGAAGAUGAACAGUUUUUGGGAGCAGUUAUGCCAAGGCUAGGCAUUGGAAUGGAUACUUGUGUUAUUCCUUUGAGACAUGGUGGUCUUUCUUUGGUUCAGACCACAGAUUACAUUUAUCCUAUUGUGGAUGAUCCUUACAUGAUGGGCCGGAUAGCCUGUGCCAAUGUUCUAAGUGACCUUUACGCUAUGGGUGUCACGGAAUGUGACAACAUGUUGAUGCUCCUUGGAAUUAGUAAUAAAAUGACAGACAGGGAAAGGGACAAAGUGAUACCCUUAAUUAUACAGGGUUUUAAAGAUGCAGCAGAGGAAGCAGGAACAUCUGUAACUGGUGGCCAAACAGUGUUGAAUCCCUGGAUCGUAUUGGGCGGAGUGGCUACAACAGUCUGUCAGCCCAAUGAGUUUAUCAUGCCUGAUAAUGCUGUGCCAGGAGAUGUGCUUGUGUUGACAAAACCCCUGGGAACACAAGUAGCUGUAGCUGUGCACCAGUGGUUGGAUAUUCCAGAAAAGUGGAAUAAAAUUAAACUCGUGGUCACCCAGGAAGAUGUGGAGUUGGCAUAUCAAGAAGCAAUGAUGAAUAUGGCAAGGCUUAACCGAACAGCUGCUGGACUCAUGCACACUUUUAAUGCACACGCAGCCACGGACAUCACAGGGUUUGGGAUCUUGGGCCAUGCACAGAACCUUGCUAAGCAGCAGAGGAAUGAAGUGUCCUUUGUCAUCCACAAUCUUCCAGUGUUGGCCAAGAUGGCUGCUGUUAGUAAGGCCUGUGGAAACAUGUUUGGCCUUAUGCAUGGAACCUGUCCAGAGACAUCAGGAGGCCUUCUGAUCUGUUUACCACGUGAGCAGGCAGCUCGUUUCUGCGCAGAGAUUAAAUCCCCCAAAUAUGGGGAAGGUCACCAAGCAUGGAUUAUUGGGAUUGUAGAGAAAGGCAACCGUACAGCCAGAAUUAUAGACAAACCCCGGAUCAUCGAAGUAGCACCACAAGUGGCCACCCAAAAUGUGAAUCCCACGCCUGGUGCCACCUCUUAAUCUAGACAAAAAUAGCUAUUUGGUUUUGUUUUUAAAUAGAUCUAUUCCUUUAUCAUCAUUACAAUUAAAGACUGUAAAAAAAAUCUCAUUGUGUCUACGCAGCAUCUGGUGACCUUAGGUCAAUUUGUGAGUGGAUGCAAUUAAUAAAAUAAAAUCCAUUGCCUUUUUUUCCUGUUACAUUAACUGAAGAUGCACCUAAUCUUGAGGCAGCUUCUGAGUUGAGAAUUAUAUUGUUAUCCAAUACUGUUGAUUCAUUUUGAAUCUUUAGACACUUAUCUCUUGCCGCAUAGGCUCUUUUUAAAGGUGCUUUCACGUAGCACAGACAUUACCAGUAGUAGUGUCAUUUAGCAAUUUGUGUCUUCAUUACAUGUAUAUUUAUCAUUAUAAGUCUAAUAAUUUUUUGAUGUCUUGAAUGGUAUAGUGGAGAGGCAGAAUGGUUAGGUGACACAAUGGGUAUACCCAGUAGUAAUAAAAGGGUUGCAUGAUUACUUUCAGUCUUUUAUUUGUAAAGUCUAGUCUUAUGAUCCAAGAGCAUCUCUCCAACCCUGGACUUAGUAGUGCACUCAGUUAAAUAAGGCAAGUGCUUAACUCUGCAUGGAAAGCACUUUGAAGUUGAAGGAGAAAUUUUCAUUUCAUAUUUGUAGAUCUUAUAAUAUUUACUGUAAUAUCAAUAAUUGUUUUCUUUAUUAAAAGGGGGGGAAUUGCUAACUUUUUGCAAUAUAAUUGGAUGUGCUAUAGUGCAGCAAGGAAUUGCCGACCAAAAGGGGAUUAAUGUAUAAUAUUCAUUUACAAUUCAGUAUAUAAUUAACUACACAAAUAAUUUUUAAAUAUAAUCAAUAAUAAAAAGACUGUUCUGUGGAUGGUAGUGUUUAAUACAUUUUAUAUUUUGUAUAGUGGUUACAGACCAUUUUCUUAAAAAUCAGCAGCUGUUUAGCAUAAUUCCUAGCAUUAUUUUGUCCUUUUCUCCAAUAUUUUUUGUGCACGUUUUUGUGAUCUGUGUUAAAAAUCUACAUUGCCAACAUUGCAGCUUGAACUUAAAACUUGUUAUUCAAAUAAAUAUUUAAUUUUUUUUUUAUUGCUCUUGUAUAAGCAGAUACCCUUUUUAGUUGUGUUUUGGAGGGAGUUGGGAAGAUUUUUCUUAAAAUCUACUUCCCUCCAAUAAAUUGUAUUUUAGUUUUGUAGAAGUUUUAAAUUUUAUGUGAGCCAUUUGUUCUUUGAAUUGAUUUUGGAGUUCAAGGAUAAGGGCAACAUCUUUAAAAAAAAAAAAAGUGUUAUAUGUGUCCUGAAAACAGAUUUCCUUGUAUUAGAAUUUCCUCAUCAUUUUGGAGAGAUUUUUGUCAAUAGCACAAGAGGAUUGAAUCUUGAAAUGUGUAUCUUCCUAAAUGAAGCAUCAGCAAAUCUUUGGAAAACAACCUGCCCGCAGGCAUCAUAAGCACUACAGAUCUUUUCAAAAAAUAAACUGCAAAGCUGUCAUCCUUCAAAGAAAGAAAGACAGUAGCUCAUACAGACAUAUGGAUCUCUAGCCAGAAUUCUAGUGUACAGAGCUGAUAUUAACUGGAGUAGUUUCUUUGAAAUGUACAUGGAUAUUGUCAUGAAUUGUUACUUAAUAAAAACUAGACAGAAAAAGUGGCCUUCCCCUCAAAAAUGGUGCUAGAACUCAGAUAAAACUUGAACAUUUUGAAACCUUCCCCUCAAAAAUAGAACAUUAUGUAUUCCUAUAUUUAAGUUGCUCUUAAAAUGAAAGCUUUCUGUAAUCAAUCCUGAUGUUUUUUCAUUUCGGCCUGACUUUCUUUGAAGGCAAGAGCUAACAAACUUCAUUUGAUGGUUUAGGUUAUUUUACUAGUAAAAUGAAAAUGGACACUUUGAAGUCCAAUUAUGAUAGUUUAAGAGAAAGUUUCUUACAGAAAUGUUGGGGGGAAAUAGGAAAAAUUCAGAAAUAAAUCAGAAUACAAAGUUUAAUAAAGUACUUAGAGCUAGGUGGCUUUUUAUUUUUAAUUUUUUUUAAUUCUAUGACCAUCUUGUACAACAACCAUAUUUAAUAUCUGGGCGAUUUGUCUCAGCAACCAUGUCUGGUAUGUUGAAAUGAUAUCUAAGGAAAUCAAGUAGCUCUAAUUGUAUCAGUUUUUAUGCACAACCUGACCUUUCAUGGUGUUAAUGUGCCUUUAAUAAAUAAAUAUAUUGCAUAUAUUUCCAAUGA